AUGCAACUCUCGUCGACCUUUCUCUUCGUGACAGCUGCUGUGCUCAGUACCUUUUCACUCGUUACGGCCACACCAAUGCCUUGCAGCGACGCAACAAGAGAUCUUGUUCUCAGAGGAACCUUAGAUCCAAGCGCAUGUUGCAGUUAUGGUGUAUGUAAAGGGCUCGUAAAUGUCCAAGGUGGUUGAGCGAACUUUACCUUUAAUGUUUCGAAGGGAAGAUGAAGAAAGAAACGGGACGUCACUAUCGUCGGGUCAAGAGACAUUGAAGCACAGUCCGUUGUGGGAUUGAAUAUUUGGGGUAUCGGGUGGGCGUUCAUUAUACGACAUCACAAUCUACACAAUAAGAUUGGAUUUUUGUUAGGUGUUCAU